GUUCGCACUCGGCAAUCGGAGCGGCGGUCACGGCAUCGCCACAGGUCCCUUCUGCUGCCACAGUCAUCCGUAGCUCUGAACGGUCAUGUGGAUCGUGGGCUUCGAAGUCACAUAUGGACAAGCGCUGGCGCCACCAGGGUACCAUCGCGUGACCAAUCCAAAAGGAGCCGCCGCUGAAAUCUCGCCACAAACGUAUCUCUGGUACAAGUUGCAAGCACCCGAUCAAGAGUCGUUGCCACCAGUGCGGUCGAUGCUCAUACACACACACCGAAUGGAUGGCUACGACAUGGUUGCCAAACCGAUCCUUCGACCAACGACGACGACAUCACACGACGCAACGACGUCACCGUCCACAACUCUCUACCUUCUCUUCUCGACCGGUGGAAACUCAGCAUUGCCGAUCAAGCAGCUCCGCAUCGACGACGCUAUGCCGUACGAAACAAAGGGAACUGAGUCGACCAUCGUGCCGUCCCUUCCAGACUUUGAGUGGGUGGAUGUUGCCGUUGACGAUUCGUCGGCCGACCGCAAAGACUCUUCCGUCCAUCACCCUCUAGCGCAUCGACUAUGUUUCAAGCGCGCCACGGCUGAAGAAGUCAAUGACUUUGAUGCGAUGUCUUCGGCUGCCUCGACCUCUAUGUCGCAUGUUCUUUCUCGGUUUGCGGUCGGGGCGUGGGUUGAUCUCCUAGACGCAGCCGGCGCAAGCGCGACCAUCCCGAACUGGCGCGCUGCCCAAGUCAAGGCCAACACGAGCGUGACUCCUUCGCGGUUAUUGCCGCCGCAAGCGCUCGUCCUGUUGGUUCCACAGUUCAAGGUGCCGCACAAAGAAGUCGUCGUCGAAUCGAGCCAGGUGCGGGUACGAGUGGCCCCGUUGGGCACCCACACCAACGUGUACCUCUCACCUGCGUACCCAACGCUCCGUGCGAUGUCGAUGCGCCGCCUGUUGGUGCCGGCAGACAUUGAUGCGAUCCACCACACGUUGGACGAGUCCUUCUUUGACAUGCAGCCGUCAUACUUUACGAGCUGCUUGGUACCUUUCGUCGAAACGUGCAUGGCCGCUCCGUGCCGAGACGCCGAGACAGCCCUCGCGAUGCAGGCAUUUCUUCAGCACUGCAUCAAGCACUGGGUCGCAGCGGUCCUCGGCGAUGCCGGGUUGAUUCCCCCGUCCGUGUAUCCAUACGCAGUCGUGGCUUUGCUCAAGUUGCUCUGCAACGGAUACGACGUAUGCAGUGUGUACUACCAGCCCGACGGCCAUGCGCCGCACUGGGAACGACUCGAUGACCUGGAACACACAAUCUACUAUGACCAGGUGGCAGGGUCGAAUGGGUCGUUGAGGUCGUCGCCCUGCCGAAGCGUGUACUUUGUCGAGAACGUGGAGUACUUUUUUCAAGCGGGUGGGCUUCGAGCGAUCUUGCGCCGCGUCAAGCGCCCAAAGGCGGAGUCGGCCAUGCAGGGGGGACUGGUACCUCUCCCUGAGCUAGACAUGUACUUGGCCAUCCUCCUCCACGCGAAGCCAAUCCUGACCCCGACAGAGACCGACGUGGACGGACUGACCGAAUUUUUCCACGCCUCGUUUGACCGCAUCCAUCACGUUAGCCCCGACGACCUCCAACACGACCACGAACGCGUCGUCGAAUCCGUGCUCGAUCGCAUUGACGCGCUGUACACAUCGUGGCUCGAUCCAUCCGAGGACUCUGCGUUCGUCGAACGUCUGGAACUCACUCGAAUCAACGUGGCAUACCAAUACUUGUGCUGUCCUGCGUUGUCCCAUCAGCUCACAGGGAUGAACCAAAUGCUCGAGUGGCUCGCGCUGGCGCAGAACCUCGACAGCCACGUUUCGUCCACCGCGACGGGCGCUGCGUCGGCAAGUGCCAAGAAGCGCAUUGGGUCGUUCCAACGGCUCUCAUCUUUGAUCACAAAGACAACGUCGUCCUUUGUGUCGGUUGCGCCAAUGGCAUCCACCACGUCGACUCCGGUGGAAGCGAAUGCUGCGAGGGCGCGAUGGCUGCGGCCAUCGGUCUUUGCAGCCUGGUUGCGCCAGGCCAACGUGAUCGAGCUCAUUUUGGGCGACCCGACCGCGAUGCCACCGGGGGCGACGGCGCGGUCCGUUCGAGACGCCCACGUCGAAGUGUGGAAACGUAGCACGCCGUUGCUUGUGCUCUUAUCCCAGCACGGGCAAUUGACAGAAGUGCACUUGACGCUGCUGUGGCACCUUGGCCGAAAGCAAACGAUGCGUCGCAAGGUCGUGUACGACAUGCUGCUGCAACUGGCGGCGUCGAUGCAAAUCCAGCUGCUGGAUGCGAUUUCCCGCCUCCUCCACGACACCAUUUCGAUCGACGAGUACGACGGGCUUACGAUACACUUUUUAACGCGCAUUACACGCCUCGCGAAUGGCAAAGCGCACUCGACACGGACGGCUGCGGUGGAUUUGGUCACCCUGAACAAAGUCGCGUCGAUGGGAGUUGAGUUCCUGUGGACCGCCGCGACGCACGCGCCCGACCACCCCAUGCAUCGCGAGUUUGUCACGGCAUUUGCCAACUUGCUUCACGAAAUGCAUCGUAUUGAAACAGGACACGACCAUGGUGCUGGGCAAACAACGAAUACCCGCGAACAGUACAUUCAACUGUGCGUGCGGGCUUUGGCGUCGGCGCCUUCCAUGGACCCAGCGCAAACGACCAAGUCGGGCCAACACGUCGUGCCCGUCGAGCUCGCGCUGCGCGUGUUGCAAGCUGUCAUGGAAAACUUUGUUCCGGACGAAAUGGAUCUGAGCGGGGUGACGUCGGCGGUGGAGGCUUCGUCGAUCAAGAACGCUAUCAAAUUGCAUCCUCUACAUCCAUUCAUUGACGAACUCGAGACAACAUACCAAUUGCUGGACGUCGUCUCGGCCGUCCUGCCAUGCUAUGUCGACGCGUGUUUGGCCUUUCUGUCGUUCGUCCUGACCAAGUCUGGCUUGGUGCUGCACCAGACGCAUAUCGAGGCGCUGUUUACGACCAUGAUCAAGACCCUUCAUCGUCGGGAAGCAUACUUUGCGUGGCUCUUGGGCGUCCUCCCAAACUGCCCAGAGAGCUCCACCAAGGCGUUGCAAGCCGCCGCCGUAGUCGUGUUGCCAGACAAGUUUAUAAGCAACGGCGCAUUUACCAACGACACGGUCGAGACGAUCCUGGCCACUCAGUUCACGCAGUGCAUGGCGAUGGACGCGCACGAGUUCGCAUGCUUCGAACGGUUGUUUCGAUUUGUAAACGGCGCGAUUCACCGGCAUCUCACGGACGCCCACGUUGCGAACGGGUUCACCGUGGAUGUUCCACUUACGGACUUGUGCGCGUACGACACGUUGCUGUCGAUCGCUACCACAUGCACCGACGCGACGGUGGCGUCGAGGGCACAGCAGUAUAUUGUAUACCUGUUGCUGCACCUAUCGUCGUCAACGCUUGCCGCAGCGUCCGGCCAACAACACACUCGACGGGACGUGUGGCUUCAAUUUGGCGUGUGGUGCAUGUCCCAUGUGUACGAUGCAACGUCACUAGCAAACACAAACGUCGCGCGGCGGCUGCUCGAGCUUCUGGCCAUGUUUUUGUUUCACGCGCAGCCGCGUGGGUCGAGCGACGUUGGUGGAAACCUGUUGCUUCAACCGGCGCCGGUCCCGUCGGAAGAUCUCAUGGUUUACAUUAAGAUGCAGGACGGUCGAACGAGUGCGCCGCUGUACUACACGCUCCCACGAUCGUGUCUGGUAGCCGAGUUGCGCGAUCGAGUCGCUGCCGACGUCGGCCAUUUCGCCGAAGGCAUCCGCAUGCUCACCGACACCAAAGUCAAGCUCACAGUGCAGCAACACAACAUGGUCACGCUCGAAGACGCGGGGGUGUUUGGCAAGCCACAACCGUCCAACAAAAGAGCGUACGUGGAGGUGAUCGUGUUGAAGAAACCCGAGUUGGACACAAUCGGACACAAAAAGAUGACGACGGCCAAGUGGAUGUUGCCGGUCGACGCUGCCGCCGACUGGUCGGCCGUAGCGAAAUAUUUGACGUCGACGUGGCUCUCAUCGUUGCUCGAGAUGCUAGAAGAUCCGACUGUGUGCGACCCGGUGUGGCGAGUGCUCUCUCGACUGCCGCACUCCAAGUCGCCGUCUCGUUCGUUGGAGGAAAUCCUCCGCAACUCGUCGCUGCCAACGUUGAUCUUUCAGCUUCAAAACAACCCGGCCCUUGACACUCUGUCGAGUGUUGUCGCUGUUCACGUCCGCCAAGUCUUGAUCGACCAUGCGACAGCGUUGUCCAGUGCCAAGAACCUAUUAGUGUGGCAUGGUUGGUCACGAAUCUUUGACAUGUUGGACGCCGCUCUCCAGCAAGGCAACCACCGAAUCGAGUGGCCUGAACGUGUGGCCACGGAUCAAAAUUUGCCAUGGGUGGUGGUGCUGAACAACGUGUUUAACAUUGCGCACUCCAUUUUGACGAGCCAGACACAAUCAGGGGUAUCUCAAUCCUGCUGCUCGGACACUCCCAAUUCAUUCGUCCCGACCAUCGUGGGCAAUGCAACAGAAUGUGACGAGUUUUCGAUCGCAUAUGCACCGGCCCCGCUCCUGGACCGCGAAGACAAGGUGUGUGAGCUAGCGUUGGUGCAUGCCAUGUCGUUGCUGUUUCAACUGGUCGUCGUGGUGGACAAGUCGUCGCCGCCCCAAGCAAUGGCCGACGCAUUCAUGACACACCCGCAUGUCCACACCGUUCUCCUCGCGGCUCUGGACCACCCAUCUUCCCAGGUUCGGGGAGAAACUGUCAAAACCCUCCAAAAUGUGUGCAACUGCACGUUGAAUCCGUCGUCGUGGAGCUCCUUGUUUGACUUUUGCAUGACGCUCUUGGCAACGUACGAUGGCCAGGUCCGCCACGGCGAUUUCUUCUAUUUGUACGGAGACAUCGUGGCGACGUUGCACAAAGCAAUCCCCCAUCCAGUUAUAACGUGGCAACCCGCAGACGCCAUGGCGAGGCUGUUGGCGCGACUUCAGCACUUGACAACGCCUGAUGAGACAGCUGACCAUGUCCUCGAAGGAUUGCUCCACACAAUGUUGUUCUGGAUGAAGAACAAAGACGCCCGUGUCAUGUCGGAAAACGUAAUCACGGCCUUGAUUGUCGAAGUGUUUGACAAGUGCUUGUUUCCAGCGUCGACCACGGCUAUCGUCAAGUGCCGGUCGAAUACCUCCCGGUCCGUGGCCUUUCAGUUGCUCUUGCGCUGUAUCGACGUCAGUCCCAAGGUGGCGCUGCCGCUCGUGUUGAACCGAAUGAUUCCGCAACAUUCGUUUGAUGCGAGAGCGCCAAAGAAGGACAAACUGCUGUCGAAAGUCGGGUCGACGAGUGCAACCAGCCCCAAACCGACCGCCCAAAAAACUCGCGGCGCGUUUGUCGGUCUCAAGAACUUGGGCUGCACGUGCUAUUUCAACACGGUUGUUCAAAUGGGGUUUCUAUUUCCCCCGUUUCAGCAACUCGUGUUGUCGGCGAAUUGUCCGGACGAGUCGUCCGUGCUGUUUCAGCUCCAGUCGCUGUACGCGCACCUCCAGGGCAGCUCCCGCCCAUACGUAAACCCCAUCGGACUGCUGUCCGUGCUCAAGACGAAUACCGGCGCCCCUGUCAACGUCAAGUUACAGCAAGACGCGAGCGAAUUCUUGACGUCGUUCUUGCAACAGCUCGAGGCGGAGCUCAACAACGGCAAGCAGGGCAAGAUCGAGGCCCAGUUUCACCGAGCUCUCGGGGGUGUCUUUAGCAACGAAUUGGUGGCCGAUGGCGACAGGUACAGCGAACGCACUGAGCCGUUCCACUACAUUUCCGUGGCGGUGCGGGACCGCAAGACCCUGGCGGAAGCGUUGGACAGCUGGGUGGAAGGCGACACGGUGAGCUAUACAUGGGACGAUGAUGCGCGCGGCGAACGGCACGCGAUGGACACCCACAAGCGCAUUUCGAUUCAGACAUUGCCGGAAUGCCUCAUAUUACACCUCAAGCGCUUCGAAUUCAACUUUGAAACCAUGCAGCAGGUCAAAGUUCACGAUCGCUUCGAGUUUCCGUUUGAGUUAGACAUGCGGCGGUACACGAAGGAGGGACAGGCAGCGCUGCGGCAACUGCACUCGAUCGACGCAUCCAACGCAUCGAUAGAAUGGCGAGCGCCAGAGUACUACCAAUACGACCUGAGCGGGACAAUCAUCCACAUGGGCACCGCCCAUUCGGGGCACUACUAUGCGUACUUAAAAGACCCGACUGGAGCGUGGUAUGAGUUUAAUGACACGGUGGUGACGCCAUUCGACCCACGCCAUUUGGCCGAAGAGUGCUUCGGUGGGCUCGACGAGAGCCCGACGGCCGGGACUACGCCAGCGUCCAUGAAGACCCACAGCGCGUUUAUGCUUGUCUACACCCGACGAAAGCCAGUGUUAACGACUAUUCCAGCGAAGGUGUCGAAAUCGCUGUCGUUUGUAGCAACGAGUCUGGUCGUGGCUGCAUCGGCGCGACUGAAGCGUCGACUCCAGCACCACACUGCGACGCCCCGAGUGAAUCCAGCCAUUUGGCGAGCCAUCAACGCCGAGAACCAAACGUUUUGGCGAAAGCAGUACGUGGGAGACGUUGCCUGCACAACCUUUACCUACGACCUGUGCCACGACCGAACGUUUGACGACGGUUUGACGUUCCAAGCGCUUCAGUUUGCCGCCACGUAUGUGUUUGGGACGUUAUGGCAGUGCCGUGAAGUGGCUCGCAUGCUGGAAUGGAAGGCGCUCGUGUUGUCCUUUGUCGGCGGCCAUAACCCACAAGGUUGCGCGUGGUGGGUCCAGACGUUGGGGUCGCACCCGACCUUGCUCUCGGACGUGUUUAUCCUGCACGACCAAGCGCUGGUUCGCGAAUUUGUGGUGGAAGUUACGUUGAAAGCCAUGGAACCAUGUACGGUAGCGCAGUGCCAGCCCAUGGUCGCGCGCUUGUUGACGCACUUUCGAUCGAUUCUCGACUGCGACCACUCGUACACGCUUGUCUUGUUGGAAUUUGCGCAAAAAGCACCAGGCGCAUGUGAGUUCUUGGUGCGCCAUUGCGUGGUGGACCGACUGGUGUGCAUGAUGUUAACUGGCGACGAAACAGCUCCGCCAGCUCGCGAUUUUAAGAAGCAAGAGCUCCACAACCCGGGUGGUCUUGCCCAAGCGUUUCUCGCCCCGUCCCCUCCACCCCACGUCUUGACUGGCAACGAAAACUUGUUCAAACUCCUUGCCCUUCUCCUACGACAUGUCCCGCCCAGGGAGGAAGUGGUUUCGGCGGACAGCACGUCUGCAAUUCUGUCGACGACUCGGCUCCCUGUGGUCCUGGACGAACCGGACAACAUCCUGUCUUCCCACGGCUGGAUUUGUCUCUUGACCCAUCGUGCGAACGCGUACAGUGCGGAAACGAUUCCGUGGUCGUCCGUGAUCACGUCGCUGUGCUGGGAAUCGCGCGAUUUUUCGAUGGCAUGGAUGGAUUACGUUCUGAACGCGAUUGAAGAGGAAGACCACCACGUACUCAAGCCGUACUUUCGGACGCUGCGUGUGCUGCUGUCGAUCGGGGACUCUCUUUGCGACGAGCGCGUCGACGGCGGCAUGACAAGGCUCAUUGCCAUCAUGGCGUCGCAGCAAAAGUACUUUAAAGCCACGGAAACCACAAUCGACAUGUUGCUUCGCAUGGCAAAACGAAUCUCAAAGGUGGGCACGUGGCUAUUCGAACACCAGCGCAGCUGGUCGUGGGUGGAAAAGUGGCUGCUCACACAUCGUGGCGUCGACGGGUCGCUGCAAACGCAAAAGACAGUGCUGACCAAACCAAGGUCCACGAGUGGAUGGCGCGACGUGGCAACGUCUCAUCCGGCGCUUGUCAAGAACGUGGAGAAGUCGAUUGUCAAGUUUGUCCCGCGCCUUCGUGCGUUGCUCGCCGCGCCGUCGUUUUCGGACGAGUUGUACGACAGUGACGACGACCCGAUGCAACUGGUCGGCCAUCGGGUCAAGGUCAAGUGGGCCAAGGAAAAAUGGUAUUUGGGGCGCGUCGCCACGUACAACCCCGCGACCCGUGAGCACGCGGUGUUUUACGACGACGGAGACAAGAAAAGCUACAAGAUGGCAGACAAGAUUUUCGUCCGAAUCGACUGAUCCGUGUCAAAGCGAGUACGCUGACCACGACAAACGAAUCUGGCGUUGUGAGGCGGCGGCAAAGCCAGAUCGUAGCCGGACCUACUUUUGAAAUGUGCACGGGGCCACGUUGCGAAAUCGCGCGAGUCAUUCACGUAUGGCUAACGUCCAACGCAUUCUGUCAGUGGAUUCUGUGGCGUGCACGAGCCGAAUCAAGCGCAUCAAACUCGUGGCGAUUUGGUCGAACAAUCGAAGGGACGUUGUUGACAUGUAGCGUCUUCGAGUGGGUGGUCGUGUUCGGACUAGAGGUGUGUGCGGUCGGAAAGAGCACUGCAUUCGUAGUAGAGUCGUCCAUGGGACAAGUCCAAACAUGGAUAUGGACGUGCGGUU